AUAUGUAUGCGUUUCAUGCUCACUGCGGGAACAAUUAUUGCUAUUCUGAAACUUUCAAGACGCGGGCCGAAGUUGUACGAGAGUCUAAUCUCUGAUUAUCAACUCAGCAAAAUUUGAGAGAUAAACGGCGAUGUAUCGCGAAUACUUGAGUGAAUAUUGGAAGUACUUGCUACGGCAUUGAGAUACUUGUCAUCUGUGGUUUGUUCGUCUACUUGUCUGCCUGACCACGUUUUGUUGAAUGCUUCCUCACACACAACUUCGUCGUCUAAACCUUAAUUCCACUGGUCUUCCAUUUCACUAAUGAAAGUGUAUAUUAGUUGGGAAACUACGUUCAGGCUAACGUUGAUGCUAUGCGCUUUUAUGCCAUCCAAAACCUUACUUUCAGAUUCAAAAGCAGUGUUUAAAGUUGUUGUUCUGUACGACUGGGAGAUCCCGGGAGGAAAAGAGAAGAUUGCUUCUAGUAUAAACAUUCAAAACAUCACAAGAUUCUCAGUUGUAAAUUCCAAAAAGUUUACUGUGAAGAUCAUUGUUCAUUCUCUCAAGGACCUAAGUCCGACACAAGUCGAUGCAUUUUUUUGUGAAAAUAUUAUACACGAAGAAGUUUCAGCCAUUGCUUUGCACACCAAACAACCGAACCUCACCAGAUACCUCGCAUAUCUAGCGUCAUAUUUCUGGAUUCCCUGUAUUGGAAGUAUAACAGAUGAUCAAGUAUUAUCACACAAGGAUGUUUAUAGGUCAUUUCUUCGCACUACCCCGUCAGAGAUGCAGCAGUUCCAGGUCUUCCUGGACUUCCUGGCAUAUACUGGAAACUCACAAGCGUUUGUGAUUGUCAGCGAUGACACUUCACAUGGACAUGCACUGGAAUUCUUUUCCAGGAACGAUUACUAUUCAAUCACAGUUGUAAGAGUUAACGGAGAUUCAACAAAACAGCCUGAAAUCGUCCGCACUUUAAUGCGUAUCAAGGGAAGUCUCUCUAAUGUCGUCUUUCUGUACUGUGACGCCCAAGUUGCGAAGCUGAUACUAUGGACCGCCAAAGACUUCAGAAUGUAUAGAAAAGAUUCCUUUUGGAUUGUUUCUGAAAAUGUUGUACUGGAUAUUGAUCACCUGUACAUGUUGCCAAGCAGGAUUUAUGGGUUUAUAUCAGAGGGUCAUCGGUCUGUUGACCAGUUCUUUAUGGAAAGACUUGAGGACACAUUUGUACUAUUUCACCAUGCUUUGUCUUCGAGUAAUGAUGAGGAACUAAAAACGUUUGCGCGAAAGCCAGAAAACUGCACCGAAAUGCACGAGUGGCAAAAUGGUAAAGAGCUAUACAGAAAACUUGUAACCGCAUCAGUUCCUGACGCACACAUCAAGCUCAAUUCCCAAGGAGAUCGAGUCAAUUUUACUCAUGACAUCUUGUACCUUCUUGAAGCUGUGAACUACGAAAAACACUGGUCUACAACAGGCAAAUGGGUCAAUGGUAGGUUAACGCUAAAAUCAACCAAAUUAACCACCUCUAUUAAGUCAAGUCGAGUUGGCUUGCCAACGCUCCGCGCAGCCGUAGUAGAGUACCCGCCACUAACGAUGAAAAGCAAGUAUGAUCCUACUAUUGGUUGCACUCAGGGUAUAAAAUGUAUCUCAUACCACGAUAACCUGAAUUACACUCAGCAUUGCUGUUAUGGUUUAGCUAUUGAUAUCCUAACAUACGUAAAAGGUGAACUCGAGUUUGAACCCUUGGUGUAUUUUGUACGAGAUGGGAAUUACGGAGCCAAGAAUGUCACGUCGAACCAAUGGAAUGGURUCGUGCGCGACCUUAUCAUCGGCGAGGCGGACAUUUCUAUUGAUCUCAUGACCAACGAAGCAAGAUCUGAAGUUGUUGACUUCUCGCAAAGAUGGACAGAAGCUGGUCUAGCGUUGUUAGUGCGUGUUGGUGAAAAGAAAGUACGGACAGUUGAUUUCGCCUUUCUUGAUCCCUUUACCAUGGAGCUUUGGUUAGGGAUGGUAGGAAUAGUAAAUAUAUAUCUAAUUGCCCUGUGGAUAGCAGAUAGAUUCAGUCCAUAUGGAUGUUACGCUGCAAGACAGCGUGAUAAUAAGGAAGACCAGAUUUUUGACCUGGACGGUAGCAUGUGGUACAGUUGGGGCGUUUGUUUUGAUAAUCAGUUUGUAGGUGAUCGUCCAAGAAGUGGAAGUUCUAAGGCAAUGGCGGUAUGCCUGGCGAUGUUUGCACUAUUAUGUCUUACAUCGUACACAGCAAAUCUAACGGCCCACUUGGUGUCAGAUGAUACAAAACCAGAAAUUACUGGUAUCAGAGAUCCUAAGAUUACUGCCGAAGAUUCCAAAUUGACCUUUGGAGUUGUAAAGUCUAGUUUUGUUGAUUCUUAUUUCGAACUAAACAAAGAUCCUGUGAUGAAGUCAUUGUUUGAAAGAAUGUUGACAAGAAACCACCUCGUUAAAAACUUCACUGACGGCGUUAAAAGAGUAAAUCGCAGUGAACUUGACAUCUUCAUCAGUGAGAUUCUGUCUCUAGACUACGAGGUCGCUAAACAACGACAUAAAGAUUACCCAAGAUUACAAGUUGUGGGUGCGGCCAAAACGUUUGCCGACACUGGCUAUUCUUAUAGCUUUAGAAAGAACUCCACAUGGAAACCUAAGUUUGAUUUGGUUAUUAAUAAAAUGAAGGCAGAAAACAAACCAAGUGAGCUUUACAAGAAGUGGGUUCGAGCAGGGAAAAAGUUAACAGAAGACAUACAUGACUCACUCACUUUCCAAUCWUUAAGCGGUGURUUCAUCGUUGGMAUUGCUUUAGCUAUAUUAGCUUUUAUCUUUCUUAUUUUGGAAAACAAGUUAUUUAGCAUGGGUUUUAUCUAUAAAAAUUUAAGCAUGUUUGGGAACGGAGAGACGUACGAACGAGGACGUAGACGAUUUUCUGUUGAAGUCCAUCGAAAACUUUUAGAAAGGAGAAAGCCGGAUUCAGUAAACAAUGGAAGUAUAGAGCUUCCAGAUAUAUCGAACUAUCUUGAGAGAACAAGAAAGACUCGAGCUUCAUUGCAUGGACUUUAUAAUCCAUCAAGAACGAAACCUCUGCAACCAGGAGACAGAGCGAGCACUGUAACGCCGACAGAUUCUGUAAUAUGUUGACAACCCUGCAUGCUGUGAGACGUAAACUAUAUUUUUCCGUUAAAGAAACAAUAWACAGACAAAAGAAAACAAA